GGAAGCGGAUCUUUCCACGCGGGAGCUUCCUUGGCUGGACUGCGUGUGUUUAUCUGUGUAUGUAAAAUAACAUUAACGACUCCUAAAUUGCAAAAAAACAAAACAAAACACUUGUAUGUCCAUCAAAUUUCCUUUGGGUCUCUGACAUCCGUUAAGGGUUAUUUAGCUGCUGCCAGAUUUUAACGGAGCUAGUUGUAAGAUAAGAUAGAUUAAUAAGAUCGGACAGCACGAUCGCAGAAUGGCCUUACUGCUUUGGAUCACCUACACCCACACACGCGUAUUUAUUCAGAAAACAUGUCCGAGGCUGUGGAGGCGAGUGCCGCUGAGGCAGGCUGGCCUGGCGCAGAUAUGGACCACAUCUACCAGAUCAGCGAGACCUGUCGCUUCAUCACGAGUCAGGGCUACAAGAAGGUAGCCUUGCAGUUCCCCGAUGAACUUCUGGUAGAUUCCAUUGCGGUCUCGGCAGCAGUUGAGCAGGAGGCCAAUGUAAAGACUUAUGUUCUAGGCGACACCUCGUAUGGCAGCUGCUGUGUGGACGAGGUCACUGCAGAGCACGUCGGGGCAGAGUGCAUUGUACAUUACGGCCGCUCGUGUCUCAGCCCAGCCGCGAGGCUCCCUGUCAUGUACGUGUUCGGGAGGAGCCCCAUCGAUGUCCAGCGCUGUGCCACAGCUUUCAGAGAGCUCUUCCCCGACAGCGAGAGCCACGUGGUCGUACUGCAUGACGUCACCUACUCGCAUGCCAUAGAUGACCUCAGAUGUCUCCUAAGUGAUUCAUAUCCCCACAUCGUGUUCUCUGCUCUAAAAGAUCACACUCUCGGUCAAGGGGAGGUCCACAGACCUCUCACUGGUGGCGAUAAGGCAGACUGCAUGGGUGAUACAGUCAUUCAUAAAUUUGGCAGACACUUUUGUUUGAAAGACGGGAAGACUGUGGAGAACUACAGUAUGUUCUACAUCGGCCACGAGGGGCUGACGCUCACAAACUUCAUGAUGACUUGGAACCGCUGCGCCUUCAGUUCGUUCGACCCUGGCACGUCGACAGCCCGAGCAGAGUCGGUCAGCAUAAACAAAGCUCUGAUGAAGCGCUACUACGCCAUAGAGCAGGUGAAGGACGCCAGCGUGGUGGGCAUCUUGGUGGGCACGCUGGGCGUGGCCAGCUACUUGACUAUCAUUGAGCAGUUGAAAGAGUGCAUUCACAAAGCCGGCAAGAAAAGCUAUCUCUUCGCUAUGGGCAAGCUCAACGUGCCCAAACUGGCCAACUUCUUGGAGAUCGAUGUCUAUGUGUUGGUUGCUUGUCCAGAAAACUCGCUGCUAGACUGCAGCGAGUUCCACAGGCCCGUGGUGACGCCCUUCGAGAUGGAGGUCGCGUGCAACAAGCAUCGAGAGUGGAGUGGGGAAUACAUCACAGACUUCCGAGACCUUCUACCUGGGGGGAGCAGUCAUGUGCACUUCCCAAAGCCAGACGCAUCUGCUACUGAGGAAGAUGUGACGGACGUGUCGCUGAUCACUGGAGCCCUGCGCUCUUCCCGUUUAAACUCCUCUUCGGAGCUGCCGAAGGUUUCCUCGCCGUCGUCUUCUCUGGUCGUCAGGAACCAGACUCUGACCGUGGCCAACACAAACACUGCAGCAUCCUUCCUGGCUGGUCGCAGCUGGCAGGGCUUGGAGCCCAAGCUGGGGGAGACGCCUGUGGUAAAAGCCAUGGAGGGAAGGCGAGGGAUCGCCAUAGCUUACGAAGAGGAGGGAGCGGAUGGGAGAGAGCGCCCGAGCUGACCACACCAAGGACCAACCAGGACGUUUAGAAGGAAAUACGAACAUCAGCGGAACUGCAUCGCAGGGCACUGGGACAAGAUCUCGUUUGAAAAUGUACCCUGUUUAGGGUGGUGUGACUGAGAAUCGGUUUAUGUGUGUGGCGCUACUAAAAGAUGAGGUCUGCUUUAGUUAUUGAAUAAAAUGACCUAAAACCAUCUAAAAUAUCAUUAAGAAAAUGGCCAGGGAUGGACUGAAACCUGAGGUGCUGUUAGUAAGUACCUGUAGCCCAAAGUGUAAGCUGCCACAAAUGACGUCUCCUCGCACACAACAGCCACUGUACAUUUAUGGUUUGUAAUAAAAACAAUUGUUUAAAGGAGAAA